AUGUCUGAUGCCAGGGUUUCCUCCGUCAUCCAGGAGUGGGCGAGCUCCUACUCGGGUCAGGUGAACCCAGCUGUCGCUUCCUCCGGCCAAACAGAGGCCUCCGCUCAGCUGUCUCACAUGGAGAUGAUGCCGUACGGCCAGGCUCAGGGAAUGCUGAGGGAGGGCGGUGAGGACAGUGUGGCCGAGCAGAUGAUGGGAAUGUCCUACCUGCCGUACUCCACGUCCUGCCUAGGCCACUCCUCGAAUGCGGCGAGCAACAACCACCACCAGAGCCACGCCAGCACUCAGCAGGACUUCUCUCCCUUCCUCCUGCCGACCCUGAGGCCCCCGCAGAGCAAGAGGAGCAUCAGCAAGGACAGCGCUGAGUACCGGCAGAGGCGCGAGAGAAACAACAUUGCCGUGAGAAAGAGCCGGGACAAGGCCCGCAGGAGGAUCCUGCUGACCCAGCAGAGGGCCAUGCAGCUGCAGGAGGAGAACCAGAAGCUGCAGCUGAGGAUAGGGCAGCUGACACAGGAGCUGGACACUUUCAAACACAUCCUGUCCCAGCGACACCCGCAGGGGGCCGAGGAGGGCACUGCAGGGGGGUCAGGCAUCUGA